AAUCCCCUUCACCUUCAACUGAGUUUAGAAAAUUCAUUAAGCUCUGAUGCUGAUGUCACUGUCUCAAUCCUGACCAUGAACAACUGGUACAAUUUUAGCUUGUUGCUAUGCCAGGAAGACUGGAACAUCACUGAUUUCCUCCUCCUUACCCGGAAUAAUUCCAAGUUCCGCCUUGGAUCUAUCAUCAGCAUCACUGCUAACCUCUCCUCCACUGAGGACCUCUUGAGCUUCCUGCAGGUCCAGCUCGAGAGUAUUAAGAACAGCACACCCACAGUGGUGAUGUUUGGCUGUGACAUGGAGAGUAUCCGGCGGAUUUUUGAAAUUACCACCCAAUUUGGGGUAACACCCCCUGAGCUUCGUUGGGUGCUGGGAGAUUCCCAGAAUGUGGAGGAACUGAGGACAGAAGGCCUGCCCUUAGGGCUCAUUGCUCAUGGAAAAACAACACAAUCUAUCUUUGAGUACUACGUACAAGAUGCCAUGGAACUGGUUGCAAGAGCCGUAGCCACAGCCACCAUGAUCCAGCCAGAACUUGCUCUCAUUCCCAGCACGAUGAACUGCAUGGAUGUGGAAACUACAAAUCUCACUUCAGGACAGUAUUUAUCAAGGUUUCUAGCCAACACCACUUUCAGAGGCCUCAGUGGUUCUAUCAAAGUAAAAGGUUCCACUAUCAUCAGCUCAGAAAACAACUUUUUCAUCUGGAAUCUGCAACAUGACCCCAUGGGAAAGCCAAUGUGGACCCGCUUGGGCAGCUGGCAGGGAGGAAAGAUUGUCAUGGACUAUGGAAUAUGGCCAGAGCAGGCCCAGAGGCACAAAACCCACUUCCAACACCCGAGUAAACUACACCUGAGAGUGGUAACCCUGAUCGAGCAUCCAUUUGUCUUCACAAGGGAGGUAGAUGAUGAAGGCUUGUGCCCUGCUGGCCAACUCUGCCUAGACCCCAUGACUAAUGACUUUACCAUGUUGGACAGUCUUUUUAGCAGCCUCCAUAGCAAUAAUGAUACAGUGCCCAUCAAAUUCAAGAAGUGCUGCUAUGGAUAUUGCAUUGAUCUUCUGGAAAAGCUAGCAGAAGACAUGAGCUUUGACUUUGACCUCUAUAUUGUUGGAGAUGGAAAGUAUGGAGCCUGGAAAAAUGGGCAUUGGACUGGGCUGGUGGGUGAUCUCCUGAGUGGGGCUGCCCACUUGGCAGUCACUUCCUUCAGCAUCAAUACUGCAAGAAGCCAGGUGAUAGAUUUCACCAGUCCUUUCUUUUCCACCAGCUUGGGCAUCUUAGUGAGGACCCGAGACACAGCAGCUCCCAUUGGAGCCUUUAUGUGGCCACUCCACUGGACAAUGUGGCUGGGAAUUUUUGUGGCUCUGCACAUCACUGCCAUUUUCCUCACUCUUUAUGAAUGGAAGAGCCCCUUCGGUAUGACUCCCAAGGGGCGGAAUAGAAGUAAAGUCUUCUCCUUUUCUUCAGCCUUGAAUGUCUGUUAUGCCCUCUUGUUUGGUAGAACAGUAGCCAUCAAACCCCCAAAAUGCUGGACUGGAAGGUUUCUAAUGAACCUCUGGGCGAUUUUCUGUAUGUUUUGCCUUUCUACAUACACAGCAAACUUGGCUGCUGUCAUGGUAGGUGAGAAGAUCUAUGAAGAGCUUUCUGGAAUACACGAUCCUAAGCUACAUCAUCCCUCCCAAGGCUUCCGGUUUGGAACUGUCCGAGAAAGCAGUGCUGAAGAUUAUGUGAGGCAAAGCUUCCCAGAGAUGCAUGAGUAUAUGAGAAGAUACAAUGUGCCAGCCACCCCCGAUGGAGUGGAGUAUCUGAAGAAUGAUCCAGAGAAACUAGACGCCUUCAUCAUGGACAAAGCCCUUCUGGAUUAUGAAGUGUCAAUAGAUGCUGACUGCAAACUUCUAACUGUGGGAAAGCCAUUUGCCAUAGAAGGAUAUGGCAUUGGUCUGCCGCCCAACUCUCCAUUGACCUCCAACAUAUCUGAGCUAAUCAGUCAAUACAAGUCCCAUGGGUUUAUGGAUGUGCUGCAUGACAAGUGGUACAAGGUGGUUCCCUGUGGCAAGAGAAGUUUCGCUGUCACGGAGACUUUGCAAAUGGGCAUCAAACACUUCUCUGGACUUUUUGUGCUGCUGUGUAUUGGAUUUGGUCUGUCUAUCUUGACCACCAUUGGUGAGCACAUAGUGUACAGGCUGCUGCUACCACGAAUCAGAAACAAAUCUAAGCUGCAGUACUGGCUCCACACCAGUCAGAGAUUACAUAGAGCACUAAACACAUCAUUUGUAGAGGAAAAGCAGCAGCGUUUCAAAACCAAACGUGUGGAAAAGAGGUCCAGUGUGGAACCCCGUCAGCUCACCGUGUGGAAUACUUCCGAUCCAAGUCAUGACCACCGACGAAAAUACAUGUUUAGUGAUGAGGGAGGACAAAAUCAGCUGGGCAUCCGGACCCUCCAGGACAUCCCCCUCCCUCCAAGGAGAAGAGAGAUCCCUGCCUCGCUGACCACCAACGGGAAAGCAGAUUCCCUAAACAUAUCUCGGAACUCCGUGAUGCAGGAACUCUCAGAGCUCGAGAAGCAGAUUCAGGUGAUCCGUCAGGAGCUGCAGCUGGCUGUGAGCAGGAAAACGGAGCUGGAAGAGUAUCAAAGGAUAAAUCGGACUUGUGAGUCCUAGGUAAUCAAAAUGCUCCCCUUUCUCAGUUCCUGGCAUUCUUCUGAGCCCUUGAGACACUUUGUAAUGUCCUUUUGUAACUACUGACAGAGGUGUGGGGAAGCUGAGGUCUAGGUCUUCUUAAAGGUCAAGUCUGCUCUCCCUCACCUAAAAAUGCAACAGCGGCUCUUCCCAAGCUCACUCCCUAGGUCUCCAAGGUAGGAAUCUUUUUCACAGAAAGAAUCUUAAAUUAUCCAGGAGUAAACACCAUGUAACAGAUAAGUGAAUUAAGGCAAGCUGAGCUCCUGUUAACCUUUCACCAGGUGCCACAAUAAUACUUCUGGUUUUUAGUCCUUUCUCUGUACUAUCAACAACAAGAGAUAAAAUUCUAUUCAAACAUAUAUCUUACUGGGUUGUUGGUUUUAAUCUUAAUAUAGAACAAGAUUGUACAGAGUUGUAGCUUUUGAUACAACUCCCCAAUCUAGAUUUGCUUCUACAUUCUGAAUGGGGAGUGGGGUAAGAGUAGGGUACCCCCCACUUGAAGGGAUACUUAACCGAACUCAUUAGUAUCACAGCAGGCUAAGGAUUGAUUGAAUAAGGUGAGAGCCACAUCUUUGAGAAGGUUCUGUAUCUCUGAUUCCAUUCUGACUAAUAUUAGUAGGAACAUGUUUACAUGCCACUAUGAAAGGGGACAGGGAGGUGGUGAGUGGGAACAGUGGGCAGGCAGAAGAGACACUAAAAAUGUACACCAUGCUUUUACAACAAAAGCUCUUGGGCCAGAAAGGCAAUUGGCUACAGAAUGAAUAGGACUGUACUUGUAAUUUAACUAAGCAUCUCCACUAUAGUGUGUGCCUUUUAUAAAAGAAAAGAAAGAGAGGAAAGCAAAGCAAGGUUGUGGCCUUAGGAUGAACUUUGAAUAUCGCUGCUCGUUACCUAUAACAGGAUAUGUGAGCUGGCACUGCGGGUUAAGUGAAAUGUUCUGCACAUGACAUACUGGGCCAUUUUCAGAUCAGCAGUCACCUAUCUCUUAGGUAGGAAUCCCAAAAGUGAACUUUGAGCCUGUGAGCAUCACAAGCUUUAACAUUCAGGCAUCUGCCUGUGCUCUGCAUAUCUCUAUAGGAUAAUUACCAAGUCAAUUUCCCAUCUUUAUACCCAGUCAUCUCUGAAAAGCUAUGAACAGGUUUUGAUCUCUCUGACUAUCCUCCAGGCCCCAUCUAAUGCCAAAAGACUGAUAUAAGUAAUCCAGCAUCUCCUCUGCCUGGGCAUCUCCUGCCCAGCAUGCAACUGCUUGGGCAUGCAGAAAGAGAAAGGAAUAUGGAGACUCUAGAACUUCAGACCUAAAUGUUAGUGUAGAUGAGACUCAUCUAGGGAAUUCAUCAGAAUGUUGAUUGCCAGGACCCCUCCCCCAAGAUUAUGGGGGUCGGUCUGAAGGUGAGCUCAGAAACAUAGUGUUAACCAACACUCCCAGGUGACUGACACAAGUGGUCCCAAAAUUACUCUCUGAGAAAUACUGUUCCAGAAGUUUGGCUGCCCCCAGGCAUGGGGAGAAAUGAGCUUCCUUUUUUUUUUUAACUUCAGCACACAUUUGCUGAUUCACCUCCCACACCCCCGCCCCCACCCCAGGGCACCAUUUAGGAAUAGACUUCUUUAUCAAUUACUUGCUUUAUCUUCUCAGCACUCAUUGCUCCAUCUCAAUCCAUUGGAAAGCCUACAGUGAGGUCACAGUGCUGUGGGAAGCACUGUGCUUUAUAGCAGCUGCAGAUAACUGGAAAAAUGUCUCAAUCACAAAACUUCUCCCCCCUACUUUUGGGUGCAAUGUCUGCAUUUCCACCAAGAGCUACCUAGUCUCCCAGGGAAAUAUAACACCUUAAGUUCUAAUUAGAUAACACUGGCAAUUAGUUAAUUGGCUGAGAAAACCCUGGAGUGGAGGCAGACUCAGAGAUACUGAUAAUGGAGGUGGAAGUGCUCCAAAGUUAGACUUCAUCAACCUCACAGAUGGAACAGUUCUACAAUGAGGGAACAGGUGAGUCCUGAAAACAGAAAAGGACAAUUCUGCUUUGAAAUGCCCUAUUCCCCUAGUUCCCACCCCAGGCCCAGAAGUAGGUUUGCAGCUGCCUUUGAAAGAUGAUGUCCCUUAGCCUUCCCCUCCACACCCCCCACCCCAUCUGCAACAGUUAAGGAUGCUGCAGAG